UUACUGCUACGGCAGGGCUGGGGAUUGCAGUAGCCGCUGUUGCUGCUGCUUCCAGUCGUGCCCCUGCUGCUACCUAGUCCUGCCUCACUGCAUCCCAGAAGAGCCACGUUGGCUUGCCUUCCCCUAUUGGAUUUUCACAAGCAGCUCUUCGGGUUUUUGUGCUGUAGGAGACCUUGCUUUUCAAUCACACGGGAGAACACUGAAGCUUGUAAGAGGAGAAUCUGGCAGCUGGACACAGCUUGGACUGCAUUGUGUGUCUUCAUGACCCCUGCUGUGUAGCGGCUCAUCUUUUCACUCUCCCGCGUACACCCUCCUCGAUUUUAUUUCCUUCCCUUUUUUUUUCUUUCUUCUGAUUUUUUUAAAGCAGCCUCUGGAGCCAGCCAUGUUUGGCACUGAAUCUUCAUUGAGCAUGUUUUUGAACACAUUAACACCGAAGUUCUACGUGGCCCUGACAGGCACUUCCUCACUAAUAUCAGGGCUCAUUUUGAUAUUUGAAUGGUGGUAUUUUCGCAAGUAUGGAACAUCAUUCAUUGAACAAGUGUCAGUAAGCCACUUGCGCCCCCUCCUGGGAGGGGUUGACAACAACUCCUCCAACAAUUCUAACUCCAGUAAUGGGGACUCAGAUUCCAACAGGCAAAGUGUCUCAGAAUGCAAAGUAUGGCGAAAUCCACUGAAUUUAUUUAGGGGCGCUGAAUAUAAUCGGUACACUUGGGUGACAGGACGAGAGCCUCUGACUUACUAUGACAUGAAUCUCUCUGCCCAGGACCACCAGACGUUCUUUACUUGUGACUCAGACCACCUGCGUCCUGCAGAUGCAAUAAUGCAGAAAGCCUGGAGAGAGAGAAACCCCCAAGCUAGGAUUUCUGCAGCUCAUGAAGCCUUAGAGAUAAAUGAAAUUAGGUCCAGAGUUGAAGUUCCCCUAAUUGCUUCCUCUACCAUCUGGGAGAUAAAAUUGUUACCAAAGUGUGCAACUGCUUAUAUUCUCUUGGCUGAAGAGGAAGCAACAACCAUUGCUGAAGCAGAAAAGCUGUUUAAGCAGGCCCUGAAGGCUGGAGAUGGCUGUUACCGGCGUUCUCAGCAGCUACAGCAUCACGGAUCCCAGUAUGAAGCCCAACAUAGACGAGAUACCAACGUCUUGGUCUACAUCAAAAGAAGGCUAGCAAUGUGUGCCAGAAGACUCGGGAGGACCAGGGAAGCAGUGAAAAUGAUGAGAGAUUUGAUGAAGGAGUUCCCCUUGCUGAGCAUGUUCAACAUCCAUGAAAACCUUCUAGAAGCACUUCUGGAACUACAAGCAUAUGCUGAUGUUCAGGCAGUCUUAGCAAAGUAUGAUGAUAUAAGCUUACCAAAGUCGGCAACAAUAUGCUAUACAGCUGCCUUGCUCAAAGCAAGAGCUGUCUCUGACAAAUUCUCUCCCGAGGCUGCAUCUCGGCGGGGGCUGAGCACAGCAGAGAUGAACGCAGUAGAGGCCAUUCACAGAGCUGUGGAAUUCAACCCUCACGUGCCAAAAUACCUACUAGAAAUGAAAAGCUUAAUUCUACCCCCAGAACAUAUCCUGAAGCGAGGGGACAGUGAAGCAAUAGCAUAUGCGUUCUUUCAUCUGGCGCACUGGAAGAGGGUGGAAGGGGCUUUGAAUCUUUUGCAUUGUACGUGGGAAGGCACUUUUCGGAUGAUCCCUUAUCCCUUGGAAAAGGGACAUCUGUUUUAUCCUUACCCAAUCUGUACAGAAACAGCAGAUCGAGAGCUGCUUCCAUCUUUCCAUGAAGUCUCAGUUUACCCAAAGAAGGAGCUUCCCUUCUUCAUCCUCUUCACUGCUGGAUUGUGUUCCUUCACAGCCAUGCUGGCCCUCUUGACACAUCAGUUCCCGGAACUCAUGGGGGUCUUUGCAAAAGCUAUGAUUGACAUUUUCUGCUCGGCAGAGUUCAGGGACUGGAAUUGCAAGAGCAUUUUCAUGCGUGUUGAAGAUGAACUGGAAAUUCCACCGGCACCUCAAUCUCAACAUUUCCAAAACUGAACUCAUCACGCUCUUCCCCCACCACCAAAACCACCCCUCCUCCUGUAUUCCUGACCUCUGCCAUUGCCUCUGCCAUCCACCCAGUUACUCAAGCCAGAAGCGCAGGAGCCCUCCCAGGCUCCUCUCUCACUCUCCACACCCUACCUGUCUCACUCCCAGUCUGUCGGAUCUAACCUCCAAUGCUACUAGGCGUUCAGUAAAUGUAAUUCAUCCCUACUUAGCCCCUUCUCUCCCCAUAGCAUCUCUCUCAGUUUAGGUCUUGUUAUUUCUUGCUUGGACUCCUCUGCCAGAGUCUUAACUGGUCUCCUUGCUUCCAGUUCCAUCCCUGCCAGUCCUUCUCUCGUACUGACACAAGAAUGAUCUUUCUAAAAUGCAAGUCUGAGCAUGUCACUUCCCUGCUUGAAUUUCUCCAAAGGUUUCCCACCAACUUCAGAAUAAAGUCCCAGAUCUUUAGCAAGGCAUGCAAGGUCCUUUACAAUCAUGCCUUCCUUGCCUCUUCGGCCUCAUCUCUCCCACCUCUUGCAUAGACACUGCUCUUAGACCAUAGUGACUCACCACUCCCAGAUGCACAGGCUCUUGUACACCUCAGUGCCUUUGCACGUGCCUUUUGCUCUGCAUGGAAUGCCCUUCCCCAUCACCACCUUGGCUUGUCCACUCUACUAACUCCUCUUCACUCUUUUACACUCAGCUUUCUUUCUAAGUUUCUCCCAAGCUGAGUUAGAGGUCUUUCCUCCGUGAUCCCACAGUACUCUAUGAAUACCUAUAUUAUCACACUUAUUGUACUAUAAUUGUUAAAAACUUGUCCGUCCCCCUUUUAGAAUGUGAGCUCCUUGAGAGCAGGACUGUGUCUUCCUCAUCUCUGUAUCCCCAAAGCUUUGCACAGUGCCUUGCACGUAGUAGGUUUUCAAUAAAUGAUUAUUAAAUAAAUAAA